UCCAACCCAAUUCCAGAGAGACCCAAGCCCUGCUCCGCGAGCUAGAAACUCACGCUUCCAUCCGCUUCUAUACCUCAUAAUCACUCAAUAAUUAACCGAGGCGAAAAUGUCCGCCUCCUCACCUUUGCUCUGAGACAGCGACAGUUCCCGCAACCCCGCCAACACCACAACCACUGGCAGCAAGGCCCCGUCCCCUCGCCUCUCGCCAAAGGCCUCGUCACUUCUCUCGGCGUCAGCCGCUUCGCCUUCGGGGUUGCUACCUCGCCCCGACCCUGACCUUCCGCUUGUUUGGUGUAUCGACCUUGCCAGCCGAUGGAGCCCUUAUGACGCGCUUCUUCGGUGUGCGGGAGAUGGGCGGCUGGCUCUUGCUCGCAGAGCGCAGCGCCGAAUCCGCCAGGCGGCGUAGUAGUGGUGCAGUGGCAUAUCCCAGCGCCGCGACGGCGCAGCUUGUGCGCGGCGAGCAAGAGGUUCGUCGGGCGAUCUGGCUUAAUGUCGCCACCGACAGCAUGGAUGCGCUGACUCUUGCCGCUGUGUUUAUGCAGGGCUCGCUGAUGGAUGGGGUGGUGCUUGUCAAGAUUCUUGGGGCGGCUUUGGUUAUGGUCGCUGCCGUGUUGGAGACGGCUUGGGCGUACCCGUGACUCUGACAUAGCGUGGGUCUGUACAAAUACUCCGAUUGCGGGUUUGUUGCCAUUCUGAGGCCGUCGAGGUUGGUGUCAUACGUACCGUAUGAUAAGGCGAGGUUUGCAGGGCGAAAAUGCCCGUGCCUCGAAUCUCUGAAGUGUUGCUCUAUAAUUAAGUGAUCACUCUGUCGUAGUGUCCAAGGCCCCUGUCUCGCCGUCUCUUACGAGAGGACCCUUGGAAACUACUAUAACAAUAAGUUCACUAGCCUUACAACAGUACAGAAUCCUAGUCGACUUGGAAGGGUCACACAUGUAGAAACACAGUCAGGAUGGAUUCAUCUGCUGUUCGCACAUCCAUAC